CAGCUCUAUCUCCACGCUGGCUUGUGGUUCAACGAAACGGCAACCACCAGAAAGCACGCUGGUGCACCUGCGACCACCCCUGUUACCAAGCUGGAGUGAGACCCCUUGCAGGGUGGAGGGGAAUGGGCCCAGUAGCACAUUCCCUUUGGGAGCAGUGUUUAACUGCUCAUGCCUAAAAGUCUGGGGCAUCCAGGCACGUGGAGCUGACCAGCAGACCAUGCUCCGACUGUUACACUGUUCUCACUGCUGGGAAUGACACUGCCUCCAGAGGAUCCCAGGCUCAGCUCCUUGGGAAGCUUCAGCACGCCAGCUCUGAGAAUCAGCAUCCCCUAGGCGCUGUGCGGGCAGGAUGCACAGAGCAGAGGAAGCAACCAGUGGGUCCUGCCCCACCUGGUGACUCAGUUGCCACCAACUGUACAUACCUUCCUGGUAAGCAAGAGCAAUGUAAACACAGGUUGCAGGGAGCAGCAGGAGUCCAGCUUCCCUGGGAGCUGCCUGGCCCACCAUGGCUGCUACGGAGGAAGGAACCAGAGCGCCGUCCCCCCCAGCAGAUCUAGAGGAGCUCCUGACCUAUGAUGACCUCUUCCUGGAGUAUUUCAAUGCCUUCCUGGCGUUGCCUGCCUUCCCUCUGCGACUGCGAUACGACCGGCUGAGGGGGCAGCUGCGUGAGCUGCGAGACUUUCCCCAAGAAUUGCCUGGCUUAGCCCAGGCGAGUGCCUGCUCCCCUCGCUACGGGGCGACGGACGAAGAGAGGGAAAGGAGCCUGGGCUGGCUGAUAAGGGAGCGUGCCCAGCUGUUCCAAAGGACAGCCCUGUACCUGGAAUACAAGCUGGCAAAGCUGCUGAUCCGCCCGCUGGCUGAAGGCCCUGCAGGGAGCCGGCACGGGGUUCGCGGGUGCAGCCGACAGUCCAACGGCACCACUGCCUCCAGCCUCCCCAGUCGCCCCUCGGCACCGAGGUGGCCGACGGGGAUCCCCAGCUGUGAGCUGCCGAGGCCUCUGAGGUGGACCCGCAGCACCCCAGCCCAUCUAGUGCUGCGCUGUGCUCACCAGGCACGCAUGCCCCCUCUCCCACCCAUGGCACAGUCUGGCCGCUCGUGGUACAAGACUCCUUCCCUGCGGGUUUCGCUGACGGGGGGACGCACUGGCUUGGCUGACAAUAUCUCCUUCAGCAACUGCCGCUUAGGGAGGGGCAUCAGUGAGGCAAUUUGUAAGAGGUGA